GUUUGAGAUAAGGAAGAAAUUAAACUAAGAUGGAGUAUAAGCAUUUCAGCCACCCUCACACACUAAACCUAUACAAGGUACAAGAAGGUCAGCAAUGUCGCUGCCAUGGCUGCCAAUCCCUCUGCUACGACUCCGUCUACGCCUGCCGGAGCUGCGAUUUCUUCCUCCACGACCACUGCGGCAACGCCAACCGGUACCUCAACCACCCAUCCCACCCCCUUCACCCUCUCGUCCUUUUCCCGGCCCCAACUUACUGCAGCGGCUCCUUCUUGUGCAACGCCUGCGGAUCGCCGGGGAGCGGGUUCUCCUACGCCUGCGCGCUUUGCGAGGUCGAUCUCCACCUCCACUGCGCGUUCUUGCCGCCCAAGGUGGCCCACAAGGCCCACCAGCACGAUCUGAUCCUCAGUUUCCCCGCCCCGGAUCACGCGGAAUCGGUUGAGUACUGCAAAAUAUGCGCCAAAAAGAUGGAUUCUAAGCUUUGGUCUUAUUGUUGUGGUAAAAGUGGUGAGGAUGAAUGUGAUUUUCGUGUUCAUACUUUUUGCGCCACCACGGAGGUCAAACCCGGACUGUAUCAGGGCCUGGAGUCUGAACCGCCGCCGGCGGCGGCGGAUACAAACUCAGGCGGUAAUCAGCCGCCGCAGCUAACACCGGAUGAGGCGGCGGCGGCGGAAUUAUAUUCGCUUCAGCUUCAGAUGCAAAUGAACCAGCAGCUUGCACAGAUGAUGGCAGCAUUCAAUCUGAGUCAGUUUGUCUAUGAGUUCUGUCUCGGUGAUACUAAUAUUGAUUAUCUCAAGGUUGUACGUGAGAGUGAGUUUGUUUUAGAGACAUAUCUCACAAAUGUGAGAUUUCCAAUGGAAGAUGAGAGCGAGGGACGAUUGUGGCAACAUUUCAGCCACGCCCAUCUCUUGGUGCUGGGCAAUCCGCCGCCGGAAGAAAACCCAGUCUGCCACGGCUGCAAAACCACCAUUUUUCCGGCGAAACCCUGUUACAUGUGCCGGAAAUGCCCCUUCUUUCUUCACCAAGUGUGUUUCGGCAUGCCCAAAACCGUGCACCACCCGGUUGACCCACACGCGCUAGACCUCUCGUCCCAGAAAAUCGCGGCGCCCUGCAAAGCCUGUGGGCAAUUAAUCUCCACUUUCUAUUACGGCUGCGUUAAGUGCCAGAGCUUUUACCAUGUCCUCUGCUUAGCCAUGCCGGUUUCCUUGAAAGUCCCGUCGCACCCCCACGCGCUGACGCUGGAAUUCUCGCCGCCUUACGAUUUCCGGUGCGACUUGUGCGCGCGGCCCUGCUACGCUUCCCACGCCGCGUGGCUCUACCACUGCGGCCUCUGCGAAUUCGACGUGCACAUCUCGUGCGCCGUCACCAACAGAGGCGCGCGGUUUCUCCACGAUGAAUCCCCCGGCGGCGGCGAUGACGGUUGCAGGGCGGCGCGUGGGAGCAAACGCCACGAAUUCAUGGAGUUGCUGUGGAGAGGAAUCAACAGAAACCACCAGGAAACGCCGGGGGAACUGGAGGACGUGGCCACGCCUAGCUACCAGUUCAGCGACGCCUGUUUUUCCAUUGAUUUCGCCAAUUCGGUGUUGGACGAUGAGGAAGGGGCCCUGCCGGAACAUGGAGGAAAAAUCACCGCCGGCGGCUAUGUAAAUCUGCCCAAACCGGCGCCGGCUCCUCACCAUCAUCAUGCUCAAAGGUCAUCAUCUUCACUCGAUUUCAUGAGUGAAAGUUCAAAGAGAGAGCUAAAUGUGAAGAUUUCUUCUCCCAUUAGCUCUCGAGUCUGGAUGGAGAUAGACCCAGAGAGCAAAAAAAGGGAUUUCCAGACACAAAAAUCUCAAAAUGUAAAAGAAAAAAGAUCGUGUUGCUGGUAAUUUUUUGAAGAUUCAGAACCAGGGGCUACGUGAAGGUGAAGUCAAUCAAAUAUGGGGAAAAAUCAGUGUUCUUUUUUCUUGUAUAACGAUUACAUACUAUGACAUUGUGAUACUAUAAAUGUUCAACAUAUCAUCAGAAAAUUGAAUAAAUAUUUCAAACAUAUUUCAUUA